GUACCUACAGAUGGUUUGAGGCGCCACAUCUGUCUCUCUGUACCCAUAAUCCCUUGUUAACAGCUGCUCAUGGAGCUGAAGACCUCCAACAUGGCCGCCAGAGGAACCGUCACAUCACCUGAAAGCACAGAUUGGAUAAAAGAUGACGAUGAAGCAGCCACAUGAUCUGGAUUUCAUGAUUUUACUUCCCUGAUGCUCCUCCAGGUUCGGUCAGUCAUCGUCAGCGAAGCGUUUGACUUUUCUGCGAGGGGCCAGACAAGUUCACGGCCAGCGGGUCGGGGCGGGGGGGCGGCGAGGAAAUGAGGAUUAAAAGAUUAAUGAGGCCGCAUUAGAUCCGCACCAAUUAGGAUUCCUGUCUCCACAGAGCCGGUUGACUUUUUACAAGUGAUUAGGACGAAGCUGGACGCUCGGCUGAGACGCAGCAGGAGCCACAAGCUUCAGUCUGCUGAGAUCUGCUGCCGUCACUCUGAAGCCUGCGAGGCUCCAACAGGAAAUCAGCUCUUUAGCAAACUCUUGAAUUUAAAGUCUUUUGACCUCUGAAUGAUUUGAUAUCUCAUGUUUUAGUUGCUUCCUGACUGAUCGUUUACUGCCCUCUGCUGGCUGCAAACAUACAAACUGUUGACUGAAUCCAAAGCUCGACAGGUUCAGUCUUCUCCUCAAACUGAUGGCAAGUUCCUGAUGUGAUUGGAACAAAAAUUGACGACCUGUCUCGAAGGUUCCUCUGAGGUUUCACGGCGACACACGCUCACAGAUAUUUAUAUCCACCCCCCCAAAGAUGGCACUGGACAGGGUGGAGCGGGGGGGGAGGGGGGCUGAGCGCGUCCUGGUGGGCACAGACGCACCAGGACGGAACCGGUGGGUCCACCUGGACUCUUCACUCAGUGGACGCGCCGAGCCGCCGGCCAAGGCAGCAAAGUUACCCUGCAGCCUGGAGCCAACACACACACACACACACACACACACACACACACACACACACACACACACAGAUCUGAAGAGUCCAGCAGGUCAAAUAAACCCCGUUUCACCGGUGCUGCGUCCUGAUUGGCUGCAGUAAUUCUAGACAAGUGAAAUCUGUCCAAUUAAACCAGACUGCAGCUGAAUCUGCUCCUGUUGAUGAGAAUUCCCUCCAAAGUUUCUUCCAGGAAAAAUGUUUUAGGUUUCUGCAAACCUGCAAGUUUCAUUUGUUUAAUCUGCAGUUGUGUGUUGUGACGUCACUCACAGUCUGGUCAGGUUUAACAGCACCACGUGGUUCAGGAUGUGGAAAAGAUGUUUGGACUGAAAAUUCAUGUUUUGUUGCUGCAAACUCGUCUAGAAAUCUGCAGUUUUAUUACCAAAACACCGCCGAAGUCUCGUGGAGAAUGUUUGGUUUUCUUGCUGCGAACAGGACUUUAAAAGGUUGACUCAUCAUGAAUAUCUAGUGUUGUUGCAACAAACACAAUGUGACGUCAUAUUGUGUGACUGACGUGCUGCUGUGUGCAGUUCAGGUGUUUGUUUUGUUGUCUGGUCUUUCCGGUUCGGUCCAGAAGCAGAACCACUUCUGGAUCAGUCGGUUUCGGCCUUGACACAUAUCGGUCGGUCCUAAUUUAAACCUGUUUCCUGCAGACCACAACAGGUGCCCCCUCCUCCCUCCUCCCUCCCUUUACGCUCCACCUGUCUUGCCUUCUCCGCGGCGGGCUGGCGACCCAGAAAGCAGCCGUCAUUCAUUAGAAAUGGUAUGCUGUCCGCCGGGGGGCCGGACGGCACAAACCCCCUCAGUCACCGGAUCGGCGGCAGCUGCUCGGCCCCCCGGUGCUAUUUUCACCUUCAGGAUAAAGUGAUGUGCAGCCGCCGCCCGCCCGCACGUCCCCAGCAGCUCCAGUCAGACCCGAGACGAGCCAGGAUGAAGUCCACCGGCCCCGAGCGCAGCGCGCAGCCCGACGGCUUCGCCUCCGACCUGGACGACCUGGACAGCGGCAGCGACAGCUCGGACGGAAAGUCCACCGGCGGCUGCAGCCCGCGCAUAGAGCCGGAGGAGGCGGCUGGAGGUGGCGUCCGAACCGGGGCGCCGAGACGCCGGAGGAGGCGGAGACGGUCCGGAAGGGACGCGCGUCUCUCCGGGGUGAGCCAGCAGAGACAGGCGGCCAACGCGCGGGAGCGGGACCGCACGCACAGCGUGAACACGGCCUUCACGGCGCUCCGCACGCUCAUCCCCACCGAGCCGGCCGACAGGAAGCUGUCCAAGAUCGAGACGCUGCGCCUGGCCUCCAGCUACAUCUCACACCUGGCCAACGUGCUGCUGCUGGGGGACGACUGCCAGGACGGACAGCCCUGCCUCCGCUACCAGAGCAUCCUGCACGGGCCCGCGGCGCUCAGCGCGGCCUCUCUCAGACCCAUCUGCACCUUCUGCCUCAGCAACCAGAGGAAACUGCUCAGAGAUGGAGGGAAACACUCGGCUGCUGUGUGAGGCGACGAGGCCAGACGAGGAGUCCGCCUUGAUGUUUACAUGCAGAUGAAAUUCUCCUGUUGGACUUUGUAAAUACACAUCAACAUAGUUAUUUUUGGAAUUAGACUAGAGCACAGAACAAACACUGAGAAGCACUUUCUGUCCACGCUGGUGUGCUUCUGAACCUCUGUGUUUUGGUUGCGCUGUAACCGGAGCCGAUGUGUAAAGUUGCACCUGACGGGGGCUAUUUCGGUCCCACAACUACCCCCCACCACCCCGAGUCCAGGUCCUAAAAAAAAAAGUUGCCACGUCCAGUCACAUGAAGGAAACUGAAGAGCAGCGACUGCAGCGGUCGCUGUCAGUUGAGUGGAGCGACCGCUGCAUUCAGGUGCUGUCGGAAAUGUCAUAAUCACCCAGGGGCAUGCUAGGUGAUCGAUCGCCUCCGACUCAGUGGCCGACAGCGGAACUGCAACGUCACACGUGAUCUCAUCGUCACGGUUACGUGGAAGCGGAAGAGAGCGACCGCCAAAAAAUACGUUCUGACAAUCUUUGAAUUCAGACUUUUUUUUUUCCUACAAAUUCUAACAUUUUUCUCAAAAUUCUGACAUUUUUUCACAGAAUUUGAAAAAAAUCCUGAAAAUUCCGACUUUUUCUUACUUAAUUCUCACAGUUCUGAUUUUGAAUUAUUGAAUUCUGACUGAAUCUCAAUUGGAGUUGUAGGUCAGAAUUCUGAGUUUGAGAAUUUUGAGGCAAUUUUUAGACGAGUGAUAUCAAAAGAAGAAAGGCAACGGAAAGACAUGAUUAGACAAGAAUUUGCCAGCGGUAGCGCAAAGUUCAACAUUUCUUUAAUGUGAGUAAAACAUUUGCACAAAAUGUGCAGCCUUGAAUCCUGAUUCAGUUUGAACAUAUCACCAGUGAGUGGGGGAUAAAAUGGGGAUUUUUGGUGCUUUGACAAAAUGCUUAUUUAAAGAAAAACGACGUAACUUCAACAGUGACUGAAAGUCUUGGUAGGUUGUUGGUUUGUAGCGUCAGACCAGAUUUUAUCACGUCACCCGAUGUAAACUUAGAUUUGAAAGUCAAAACACUUCAUAUUUGUCCGCAGUAGGAGUUUUUCUCAACACUUUCUACUGCACUGAAGCCUCUUUUCUGCAAACGCAGGACACGAAAAGUUGGUACAAACAUGUGACACGUUUAAAAAAAAUCUGCAAAGGACAAAAACUGAACCUGUGAAAUGUGUCUGACAUCAUUUAAACCUGGUAUAUUGAGGUUUACGAUCUGAUUUUAAGAAAAACAAUAAUAACCACAAAGCUUUUACCAGAAAUACGAUUUGCUCCCAGUUUAAAGUGUAAAACCGAGACACGUCUCUUGUCCGACUCCGGCCGUCGGUCUCCAUCUUUCAGCUGCGUGAUGAAGCGUUAGGGUAACUCUCUUUGCAGUGUGAUGAAAUGUUUACUUUUGCAUUGUUGCACAAUCUGUUAUCACUUUAAAAAGACACAAACUGUGAUGUUUUGUGUGCACAUGAAUGUGGGAUGCCCCGACAUGCAAAGUGCAUCAGAUUACCUUUUGUACAAAUUUAAAAAAAAGACACAAAACGUAAUCAUUUAAAAAUCAACCGGAUCCCUCGAUAUUUGUUAUACAGCACAUAUGGGAAAUGUUGCACACUACCUCAAGCCUCUGUAUGAAAUAUGAAGGCCUACCUCUAAAUCUAAUGUGUGACACGACUGUAUAAAAACGUACUUGAAUACCUGACAACUGUGUCCUUUGCACAUCGCAAAUACUGAGAAGCUGCUUGAAGAAAAAUGUAUUUUUGUACAAUAAAAAAUGAAAAUGUCAACCCAUUUCCCUCUGUGUUUAUUGUGUGGACACAUUUGUAACAUACGUCCAAGUUAAAAAAUCUUCACUGAAACACAAACAUAACUAACGGAGCAGCAGCGGCUCUGAAAGAAGCUACUGAAGUUUUUAUACUCUGUUUUUAACUGUUAAAGGCAGAUGAGAGAAAUGUUUGCGGACGA